AUGGGCGAGAAUCUGGUGGACGCCGACGUUGGGAAUCGGGCGUUCAUUUUCAAAGAUUAUAAACUACGGGACAGACUGUACGCAAAGCACCCGACAAUCCGAUGGAUAGUAACCGACAUCAGCGACGGUGAGAGCGAAGAGCCGGACACUGAAACAAACAGGUAUUACGGGUCGGGACUGUCAACGGGUGAACAGCAGGUGUUGACCCAAAGCGACCACAAGUUAGAUACUUUUGUAGAGCGAGCUCUCAUUGACAUCCGGCCGGACGUUAUAGUAGUUGACUCGCGGCUAGACUUGCCAUCAGUCGCGCGGUCAGGCGUGCCCUGGAUUGUGGUCAAUACAUAUCAGCCAUUGUCACCCACGGUUGACGAAAAAUGCACUCAAUCCGUUUGCUUAGAGAUUGAAGUACAGGAAGGCCGACGCGUUGGGAUUAAUAUCCCGUCUAUUGGUAAUAGAGAUUUAUUAGACAAGUUUACAGACAUUGGAAAGUUUGAUGGUAUUGCUGAGUUUUCCAAAUUAAUUAAACACAUUGCUGCGUUGUUGUCAACCAAAACUACGAUGAUUAGUAAUGAGCAACAUAAUCGCCGAUAUCGAUACGUGUCGACCAUCACUGAUCGCACACUAGUCUAUGCGGAGGACAUGUUUUAUAUGGACCCGGCAAUGAUCUACAGUCGUAUCCGUAAUCUACGGCACCUGACUAUCCGUCCGGCAGACGUAUGGUUGUGCGGGUAUCCCAAGUCGGGCAACACGUGGUUGUCUGAGAUCGUGUCCCGCAUUAUGGCCAACGGUGUGGUCGACAGAGUGAGGGGUCAGGACUUAUCUGAACGAGUGUUGAAUCACAUCAAUCCUGGCUUUGAUUUUAUGGGUUUAUAUGAGAGUAAAGCUGAUCCAAGGAUUGUCAAUACUCACUUCAGCCCACGGUAUUUGUCGAACAAUAUUACAUCGAUUGGCAAAAUGAUAUACAUCGUGCGUAACCCGAAGGACGUGUGUGUCUCGUAUUACUGGUUUCAUAAAAACCUGAAGCACAUAACGUUCGCGUCAGACACCCAAUGGUCUGACUUUUUCCACCUGUUCCUCGAAGGACACCUAUGGCUGGGCGAGUGGUUCGCAAACGUUAGCUCCUAUUGGCUAAAGUACGGCUCCGGGAGGGCUAACCCUAACGUACUGUUCGUGGCGUACGAGGAGCUCAUUGUAGACCUGCCGGCAAUGGUCCGCAUAAUCGCCCACUUUCUCGAAAAAGAGUUUACCGAUGAAAUUGUGGCCACAAUUGUCGCUCACUGUUCACUGGACUCAAUGCGGGCCAACCCUAUGGUAAAUAAGGCCUUGAAUAUGAAAAUACAAGGCGAAACCGGCGCCCAAUUUGUACGUAAGGGCACAAUCGGCGACUGGAGUCGGCAUAUGACUGAUGAACAGUCGGCGAUGUUUGACGAGAGAUACGGCCAGAGGUUGCGGGCGAUUGGACUCCCGGUGUGCGACACUAUGGCCGACGCCCAGAGCCGUAUGGCGUCCAACGGCCGUAUUAUUACUUUGAAUAAUGCAUUAAAAAUUUAA